GCUGAUUGCGCACGCCUUGGUUUACUAUGCUGAGGCAUUACUGUAUCAUCGGCAUUUCGUGAUUUUUCAUAUACUGCUCCAAUUAUACUUGUAUUUCAAUUAUAAUAAACAUAAUGAAUUCACUACGAUUCGUUUCUCGGCGAAACAUUCAUCAGAUUCGUCAAUUUCAUAAAUGCAUUGUUCGACAAACUGAAGCAGCUGCUGCUACUAGUGCUGCUACUAGUGCUGCUACUAGUGCUGCCACUAGUGCUGCUACUAGUGCUGCGACUACCAGCGAGCCAACAGCUUCUCCUUCGGUAGCACCUAUCAAUGAAGCAGAAAUUAGUCCAAAAAUUGAUCAAAUUGCUAAUCAGAUUGUUGCUUUGAAUUUGAUAGAGGUAGCACAAUUGAGUGAUUUGUUGAAAAAACGAUUGAACUUGCCAGAUGCACCUAUGAUGCCAAUGGGUGGUUUCAUCGGCGCAGCUCCUGUCGAGGAAGAAGAAGCGGAACCACAAGUAGUACAAUCAUCGUUUACAGUUAAGCUAACAGCCUUUGACGAAAAGAAGAAGAUUGCUUUAAUAAAGGAAAUCAAGAAUAUAUUACCAGAUUGCAAUCUUGUGCAGGCUAAGAAAUUCGUUGAUAGUAUCCCAGCAGUACUACGAGCAAACGUUAUGAAGGAUGAAGCAGAGAAAUUGAAAGACACCAUUACAAGUGCAGGCGGUACUGUGGUAAUCGAGUAAUUGUCGAACAUUAGUUUAUGUAAAUACUAUAAAGCAUUCAGGAGAUCACUUAAGAGGUUUGAUAGUAUUUUUUGAUAUCUUUGAAAUCGAUUAAGAUUACAAUGGUCAUCUUGUUUCAUAAUCUAGAUAAAUAUCGUUUACAUUAUUGUGCAUUUCAUAGGUAAAACCAUUUUUGUACACACUUUAUGUUAUGUGAAUCGAUUGUUACAUUAUUUCUCAUAUUAUUUUGACAAUAUUCGCUGCAUCGAAGAUGUACACAUAAUUCAGUUAAUUGUUAUAUAUUUGUACAUAAAAUACCAUGAAAUUGUAUUAAGCCAAAAAGUAAUAAAGUGAAAUCCUAAAUCCUA